GUCUACUUUUACAACCAGCUAGGUUGGUUUGUUUGUCAGGUGGUAACAUAUAACAAAAUUCUUCCAAAUUUCUGGUAGGGGUUUUAAGCAAACACAAUGUCUGCAAUUGGAAUCAAUGGGUUUGGGCGCAUCGGACGCAUGUUUGCCCGCCAGGCAUUGGUGCGCAAGGAUGUCCAGAUCCUGGCCAUCAACGAUCCCUCGCUGGAUCCCAAGUACCUGGCCUACAUGCUGCGCCACGACUCCACCCAUGGGAUUUUCGAACACAAGAUCUCGCUGGAGGGCAAUACAUUGACAGUUUGUGGCAAAAAGAUCCAGCUGCUGAUGGAGGCGGAUUUGAAGAAGGUAAAGUGGUGCGAUCUGGGCGUGCACACUGUGGUAGAGUGCUCCGGCCGCUUUACCACCCUAAAAGCUUGCCAAGCUCACCUGGAUAGUGGAGCCAAGAAGGUGGUCAUAUCAGCGCCAUCCUCUGAUGCUCCGAUGUUCGUGUGCGGAGUGAACCUGGAUAAAUACAAGCCCGACAUGAAGAUCAUUUCGAAUGCCUCCUGCACCACCAACUGCCUGGCUCCACUGGCCAAGGUGGUGCAUGAUAACUUUGGGAUUUGCGAGGGCCUGAUGACCACCGUACAUGCGGCCACCGCCACCCAGAAGAUCAUCGAUGGUCCCAGCAGCAAACUCUGGCGCGAUGGACGCAGUGGGAUGAGCAACAUCAUUCCGGCUGCCACGGGAGCCGCCAAGGCGGUGGGCAAGGUGAUCCCAGAGCUGAAUGGAAAGCUCACAGGUAUGGCUUUUCGCGUCCCAGUGCCCAAUGUCUCGGUGGUGGACUUGACAUGCCGCCUCAGCCAGCCUGGCAAAAUGGAUGACAUCAAGAAGUGCAUAAGGGAGGCGGCCGAGGGCGAUUUAAGGGGCAUCCUGGGCUAUGUGGAGGAGGAGGUGGUCUCCACCGACUUCAAUGGCUCGCGCUUUGCCUCCGUCUUCGAUGCCAAGGCCUGUAUUGCCUUGAACGACAAUUUUGUGAAGCUGAUCAGUUGGUACGACAACGAGACAGGCUACUCCUGCCGACUCCUGGACCUCGUCCUCUACUCCCAACUGGCCGACCAGUGUGCCGAGAAGGACAAGGCCAACUCAUGCGAGAAAAAAGAAGAUCCCUGCAAGAAAAAGGACGAUCCUUGCAAGAAAAAGUAAAAGAAAUUCGAAAUUUUAAAAGAAGCUAAGUCGAAAUGAAGUUUAUUAUUUAGCUGCCAGAUGACCAUUUUAAUCAUUUAAAGUUAAUUAUUUUUAUUUAUUUUAUAAAACGAUCCCUACAAGAGGACAAUCUUAAUAAAUUCCUUAAAAAUGAUUUAAAUUUAUAAAUUGCCAGAUUUAGACAAGCGAAUAAACUUGACUUAUCGUGUUUUAA